CGUGGGUCACGACACAGCAAUAACAAACACACCCACAAAUAUAAAUGAGUCAAAGUAACGGCAGACUGAAUGUAGAUAUGUGUUUCUGCAUGCAUGAUGGUGGAUGGAGAUGCAGGCAGGCAGAUCCAUGUUUUCCUGAGCUCACGUGUACCGGCUGCUCGUCAGCGCCCGUCAAGCUGUCGCUAAAGCCGAGAGGAGAGCUUAUUAUGGGAGCUGCCCCUGCUGUCCUAUAUCAGCAACAGCCAGCAUUUCUACAGUCAUCUCCAGCCAUGACUCCAAGUGAACGCCGUCUGAGCACACAACCGAGAGGAAAGUGUGUUUUUUAGCAGUUCAAUGAUGAAGCGAGGAAGGACAGGUCUCAAAUCAAAGUGCCAGCCCUUCCCCUCCCAUGAGGACAGGGCUAAGAAGCAGAGGGCGUCCGGCUUUGACCCGACUUCUUCACAGGACUGGGGUAACCUGCCCUACCACGUGGUCCUCCAGAUCUUCCAGCAUCUGUCCCUCAUCGACCGGGCCAGGGCCUCGUCUGUGUGCCGCUGCUGGAAUGACGUCUUUCACACCCCUGACCUGUGGAGAAGGUUUGAGUUUGAGCUCAAUCAGCCGGCUACGUCUUACCUGCGCUCCACUCACCCUGACCUAAUUCAGCAGAUCAUCAAGAAGCACGCUCAGCACCUGCAGUACGUCAGCUUCAAGGUGGACAGCUGCACAGAAUCUGCAGAGGCAGCAUGUGACAUUCUCUCCCAGCUGGUGAACUGCACCAUUAAGACCCUGGGGCUGAUUUCCACAGCACGGCCCAGCUUCAUGGAUGUGUCUCAGGCUCACUUUGUGUCGGCACUGACAGUGGUGUUUGUCAACUCCAAGUCCCUGUCCUCCAUCAGGAUUGACGAUACGCCAGUGGAUGACCCAUCCCUGAAGGUGCUGGUUGCCAACAACAGCGACACCCUGAAGUUACUGAAGAUGAGCAGCUGUCCUCAUGUCUCCCCAGCAGGUAUCCUGUGUGUUGCAGACCAGUGCCAUGGCCUCAGGGAGCUGGCGUUGAACUACCAUCUCCUGAGUGAUGAGCUCCUGCUUGCCCUCUCCUCUGAAAAACACGUCCACUUGGAGCACCUGCGCAUUGACGUGGUGAGCGAAAACCCUGGCCAGACACAAUUUCACACCAUCAAAAGAAGCAGCUGGGAGGCUUUGGUCCGACACUCACCCAAGGUCAACAUCGUCAUGUACUUCUACCUUUAUGAGGAGGAGUUUGAGCCCUUCUUCUGUGAGGAGACCCCCGUCACCCACCUGUACUUUGGCCGGGCAGUUAGCAAAGAGAUGCUGGGCCGCAUCGGACUGAACUGCCCCCGGCUGGUGGAGCUGGUGGUGUGCGCCAACGGCCUUAAGCCCCUGGAUGAGGAGCUGAUCCGUAUCGCCGAACGCUGCAAAAGCUUGACGGCCAUCGGGCUGGGCGAAUGUGAAGUGACCUGCAGUGGCUUUGUGGAGUUUGUAAAGAUGUGUGGGGGCAGGCUGACUCAGCUGUCAAUCAUGGAGGAGGUAUUGAUCCCAGACAAUAGCUACAACAUGGAGCAGAUCCACUGUGAGGUGUCCAAGCACCUGGGCCGCCGGUGGUUUCCUGACAUGAUGCCCACGUGGUAGGCUCACAUGGAGCAUGAGUGGUUCUAGUGGAGGGCUUUUAAUGAACGAUAUGACUUUUAUGGACACUCACUGUGUGAAGCUCACGUGAGCAUCAUUUUAACACAUGUUACUGUUUGACCUAAGCUUCAGUAUGAGACUGCAGUGUGAUUUGCUGUUUUAGGAAUUAGGCAGGAGGCAGAAUCUCUGUCAGUGCUCCUGGUUGGCUUACUGGGUCAUUUCUAAAGCUGUCACUUGUAUCUUUAGUGCAGUGAAUUUGGUGUAAGAUUAAUAUUGCAGAUUGAUUUCUGUCAAUAUAUUGCAAUGUGAGAUUUUGGACGCAGUUAGAUUCUCUCAGUCUGUGAAGGACGGUCUGAAUUUACCGUCUGUCAGUGCAACCUUUUAACCACUGCCUGUAAAGGAAUUGUGUCUGCCAUCUGCUGGUUGCUUAUAUUAAAGGCACCACACGUCAUCAAUCAUCCUGAAAAGCAUCUCACACACUGAGUCGAUUUUUUUUUAAAGCAAAAAUUCCAACUUCGUGCUUUUACGUUGUCACAUAUCGUGUUGUUGUUCCUUUAAUUCCAGGUCUUGUUUUGUGUUGAAACGUUGUUCUUUACCUUGUAGCUAUUUCCCUUUAAGUCUCAUAUUGCCUCAUCUACUCCAGCUUAAGUGACUGAUUUCCUACAUUUCGCCCUUUUUAUCCAGCCAUUCAUAGGCAGUGAUACUACUGCAGCCCACAACUUGAGAACAAGAGUUUCCAGUCAGAGCAAAAGUCACACCUUCAUGUAAAACACAAUGGUUCUUUUGUAUUCUUGUGUAUUCGUUUAGUUUGUGUCAGCGGAGACUUUAAUAUGUUGUCCUAAACUACAGCAUCUUAAUUUGGUUGAACAUGGUGCAGUGUCACCUCACAUAAAGAAGAUCCUGGGUUUGAGCCUGGGUCAUCCCAGGCCUUUCUAUGUGGAGUUUGCGUGUUCUUCACGUAUAUGCAUGGGUUCUCUACAGGUGCUCCGGCUUCCUCCCACUGUCCAAAGACAUGCAGGCUAGGUGACUUAGUGACUCUAAAUUGCCCUUAGGUGUAAAUAUGAGUAUAUGGUUGUUUGUUUCUGUGUGGCCUGUGAUGACCUGUCCAGCGUGUACCCCACCUUCUGUCCAAUGUCUGGGAUUGGCUCCUGCCCCCCCGCGAACCCUGCAUAAGCUGGACACUUUAUGAUUUUUACAUCCAGACAAUUUCUAACAGUUGUUUUCAUUAUCAUUUUUUUCACUGCUGAAAUUUUAUUGCAUUAAAAGCUCAUUUUCUAACCUAUCAAACGUCAUUCUUGCUGGACUGCAUCUUCAGAAAUUCUCAAGAAUAAGAUGAAACACCACCAAACAACAAAAUGACCCUGGGAUACUUUGAACACUGACUAUAAAGUUAAUAAUAGUAAAACCAGUGUUUAUUCAGUUAAAAUUCUGUUGUAUCAGGUUUUCAUCAAGGUGAGAAAUGCAAAAUAUAUAUUUUUAGUGUAUUUUUAGUUUUCUGUGUUUAAAAUAGAGGCCAAACAUCUGGUAGUCGUGGUUUCUUUGUUUACCAUGAUGAUUUUUUUUUCACCGCAUGGUACACAGUAUCCAGUGCCACAUUGUGCCACAUGAUACAUCAGAUUUGCCUUGUAUUUGUUUAUUUGUAAAUAAAAUGUAAAUUGUGGUUUUCAUGUACGUGCAGCAGUGAUAGGCUUUCUCAGUUCUGCUUCAUUGUCACUUUUACUAAUUCUGUAUUUAAUUCUCAAUAAAUGUUACACCUUCUUGUGACUAUAAUA